UCUCUCCCCCUCCUCUCUGCAGCAGACGGACCAGCAGCAGGAAGUAGGCGGCUCAGCCAGCCGUUCUCAGCUUCAGUGAAACAUCGUCAGGUCAGAUCACUGAGAAGAACAAUGGAAGGAACAUCUCACUGUCUGAUCUUUCUGAUCUUCUUUCUGAGCUGUUCAACAGAUCCAGUCUCUCCAGCUGCUCUGACUGUGAGUCCCAGCAGAUCUCAGUUCUUUGAUGGAGAAAAAGUUUCUCUGAGCUGUGAGGAUGGAAACAUCUCUGAUGGAUGGACUGUGUGGAGAAACAAGACUGGAGGAAACAGAACUCAGUGUGAUAAAGAUGGAUGGGGGGAAUCAGCUGGUUCUACCUGCAGCAUCACCUUGUACCCACAUGACUCUGGCCUGUACUGGUGUGAGUCCAUGUCUGGAUCCUCCAGCAGCAGCAGCAGCAGCAUCCAGCUCUCUGUCUCUGGUGGAUCAGUGAUCCUGCAGAGUCCUGUCCUCCCUGUGAUGGAGGGAGAUGACGUCACUCUGAGCUGCAGAGCAAAGAGUCCAGCCCACAACCUCCCAGCUGCUUUCUAUAAAGAUGGCUCCUUCAUUGGUCAUGGAACUACUGGGAACCUGACCCUGAACCCAGUGAAGAGAUCUGAUGAAGGCCUCUAUCACUGUUACAUCAGCGGUCAGGGAGAGUCUCCAUCCAGCUGGAUCUCUGUGGAAGUCUCAUCCCUACAUCCUCGUGUCUCUAGGAUCUGUGGUUUUUGUGGUUUUUCUGCUGAUUAUGGCUUUGCUGGUGAGACGACGUUUUCAGAGAAAACCUGAAGGAAGUACAGAGGUUGGAGAGAACAAUCUUGCCUCCAGUGACAUCCAAGUUUCUCAUCGUCGACGACAGAAGAACAAAUCAAGUCAAG